AAAACUACACAUUGCAGACGGCUUUGAAUGACAGAUAGAUACCUAAACAAUAUUAAAGUAAAAUCAGUGUUCGACUUUUCCAAUUUAAUUUUUAUUUAUCGCAAAAACCCAGUAUUUCGGAUCGUAUAACUAAAAUAAAACAGUGAAUUCGCAGACAGUGUGAACGAAUAAAGUGAUUUUUAGUGUGACAGCGGUGAUUUUAGCACAAUUUCAACUUGCUAUCAUGGCUGGGAUAAUUCCAACAUCAACUCCAUCACAAGAUAUUUUUAUCGAGUCUGAUCGCUCUAGUCACAUAGAUUUUCAAAGUGUUAAAACAGCUAGUGAUACUAUGAAGAAAAACCCAAAACUAGAAUUUAGUCAAGCCGAUUUAUUAAAACUUUUAAGCUAUUUGGAAGGAGAAUUACAAGCCAGAGAUGUCGUUAUAGCAGCGCUGAAGUCCGAGCACGUCAAACAAUUCAUCUAUGCUAGUCGCAAUAAAACUCAUUUAAACGAUCCGAAUGCUGCGUUAUUCCGGGAUAACUUGGCUUUGACGGGAAACUUAGUCAGUCGACAAUCAUCGACGGCCGCCGCUCAAUCGGAAUUAGCGAUGCGAAUGUUCGCCCGACAACAGUUAGACAGCCUGGAAAAGGCAAUAUUCAAUCAACGCCAUACUCACAUGAAAUUGAUCGGAGUGAUGAAGGAUACCGAAGAGAAACAUAAACAUUUGAUGAAUGAAUUGGAGGAGGAGAAACAGAAGCAUGAACGCGAUACGGCUCAAGGGGAUGACAUCACGUACGGAUUAGAGGUGGAACGGACGCGAUUAAAACAGGACCUGGAGGGUGAAAAGCAGGCGUACAAAAAAUUGGAAAAAGAUUUGAAAAAAUUGCAGGAAACAAUGGAUGCCGAACGUGCUAGAAUGAAACCAAUUGUGUUGCUGCUGUUAGCCGAACGGAAGCGAAUAAUCAUGAAGUACAUAGAGGAACGUAAACGUUCCGAAGAUUUGGCGCAAAUACUGUCGGAAGAGAAGCUACGUGUCGACACAAUAGCUGAGGGAUUGGAGGAGGAGAGUAAAAAGUCGCUACGAAUGGAAGCCGAAUUGGAGAAGCAAGCGCAAUCGUUUGACAUCGAACGGAAGCAAUUGAAAGCCUCUCUAGCAAAUGACGAGAAAAAAAUAAAGGAUCAAGAAUUAGAAAUAAAUCAACUAAAGGCUGAAAACGAAAUGCUGCGCAAACAGGCACGACUUCCGGGUGGUGUUCCACAAUUACCUGCAAAGGGUAUGAAUGUGCGGGCUGUGUCAGAUCCCUUAGAUGAUAAUUCCACUGCUAGUCCAAUGAUGAGUAGCGUAGCUAAGGUUGUACAACCAACCGCAACUGUUUCUAGUGUACCUGUUUCCGGUCCAACAACUGGAAUAGCACGUUCAAUUUCGCCUGGACAGAGUUUGCGACAGACAUCAACCGAAAUUAAUACAUUCAAUACAACCAAGGUUGCACCGAGAAAACUAUCCAAUGCAUCAGCGGUACCCACAUCCGGAACGAACACACAAGCAAUAAACUCUCCAGUCCCUAAAGUGGCCACCGCUACCAUAUCGCAUCCAACAAUAAAAAAGAAUCCAGCCAUACCAGCCAUAAGUCGCGGUGUUCCGCCCCCAAUUCCACCGAAUAAGCCGAUUGUACCACCUACGCGACUAAAUAUUUCAAACAUGAAAGAUUCAUCGUUGAUCAGCGGUAGCAUUGUAACGACAAGUAUCGACGAUGGUAAUUUAGACGGGACGGAUGAAUUACAAGAAUUUCAGCAUGCAAUUUCGAACGUAACUGGUAAAUAGAAUUAUUUAAGAAAAAAAAUGUGUCUAAACGGCGGGGGAUAUAAGAAACGGUAAUCAUUCAAAUAAAAAUAAUUCCAAUUAAAAACUGAAAACUACCUACAUUACAAGUUACGUGUUGUAAAAAAAAAACAAAGAAAAACCCUAAAUUUAUGUAAAGAAUCUCAGUCAGUAGCUACGAUUUUAGAUAUUCAUUACACAUCCAGACGUGUUAGAUACGUUGAAAGCAGUAAAAGCUUUUUUGAAAAGCUUCAAUUUACUCGAAAAAUUUCCAUCACCAGACUUAAAGGCCGCAAUCGGUAUCUACUUGUCGAGGCACUUUACCGAUUGUGUCGACGAGUUGAACGGCGGCUAGUUAACUGCGGAUCUCUUGGUUGAACAUCAUAUUUUAUUUUAGUUUUCUAAUUUUCUUUAUUUUCAAAAUGGGCGUUGUACGUAGCUUUGACUGAAAUCUGUCACAUCAAAUGUGAAAUUUAUUAAUUAAAAUACAAAUGGAUAUAUCGGUUGAAAGUCACUUCUAUCUUGUUUAAAUAAAUAAUGAAUUAAAGUAAAAGAACAAAAAAAAAAAGAAAUGUCGCAAAUUAUACACCACUUAUAUUAGACAAUAUGUAGAUAUUGGAAUUAGAUUUUAGUAGACUGACUGAGAUUAUGUAUAUUAUAUAAGCAAGUGAGCAACAAAACACCGAACGAAAUUUGAAUUGUUC